UCAACGCGUUUGCGCCAGUGACGUUCUACUUUUCCGUCCAUUCAAGCAGCACGUUUGUCAUAGAGCGAAUAAUAUUCCACAUCAUGUCUGCAAAAUCAACUAUUCAGGAUACAAACUACAGCAUUGACAUCGGAGGUAUGCGAAUUAAAUACAAAGAUAAAAGUGAAACUUUUACGGAAGAUCAUCUUGUAAGCAAGAAUCCUAUACGUCAAUUCGACGCAUGGUUUAAAGAAGCUUGCAAUACCCCACAAAUAUUGGAAGCAAACGUGAUGUUUCUUGCGACAGCUUCUAAGAAAGGUAUUCCAUCCGUACGAGCAGUGCUACUUAAAGGUUAUGAUCAAGGCGGUUUCAAAUUUUAUACCAAUUACGAAAGUAGAAAAGGCCGCGAAUUAGCUGAAAAUCCAUAUGCAGCAGUGACGUUUUAUUGGGAACCACUGAGACGAGCGGUACGUAUUGAAGGUAAAGUGCAAAAAACAUCUCCAGAAGACUCGGAUCGUUACUUUCUGAGUCGACCGUACUCAAACCAGAUAGGAUCGAUGACUAGUAAGCAAAGUAGCGUGAUCGCAAGCAGACAAACGUUAAUCGUAAAGGAAAGAGAACUGGUAGCUCAAUUUCCGGAAGGUCAAGUUAAAAGGCCAGACACUUGGGGCGGAUACAGCCUUAGUCCACAUUCCAUAGAAUUUUGGCAAGGCCAGAGUGAUCGUUUACACGACAGAAUUCGCUUUAGGCGGCGCAAGCUCGACGAAAAAAUCGAUAACGUACUUGUUCAUCAAGGAGAUGAAGGAUGGGUUUUCGAAAGACUAUCUCCAUAG